AUGUCAUCACCACUCCCUCGUGUACUUGCAAACUUCUCGUCUUUGAAGUUGCUUAAACUUAGAUUAUGUGAAUUGCAUGGAGAAUUUCCGCUAUCAUUUCUCGAUCUCCGUUCCAACAAUUUUAGCGGUGGUAUUGGGCAUUGGUUUGUCAACUUGGCGAAACUCACCUAUUUGUCCCUUGGAGAUUGUCAGUUAAGUGGUCCUAUCACAUCUUCAUUUGAGAACUUGAUGCGAUUGUUUUCACUUGACCUUGAUUACAACAAUUUGCAAGGUGAAAUUCCAAACUCAUUAUGGGAACUCAAGGAUCUUGAAAGUCUUGAUCUUAGUUGGAAUAAUUUGAGUGGCACCGUGGAUUUACACAAGCUCAAGAAAUUGCGAAGAUUAUAUUUGUCCUUCAACAACAUAUCUUUUGUCAGCAAGACCGAGAUCAAUACCACUCUGCCAAAACUUUCCACUUUAAUUUUAGAUUCAUGCAACUUACAUGAGUUCCCAAAGUUUUCAGGCUACCUAAACGGAUUAAGGAUGAUAAGACUUUCAUACAAUAAAAUCGGAGGGAGUAUUCCUAUGUGGAUGCGGAAUGGUAGCAAAGACACCUCGGAGCAGGUAGAACUUUCCCACAAUUUUCUAACUGGCUUUGGAAAUAAUCGGAUCAAUCUGCCACUACCCAAGUUGACCUACCUUGACAAUAGUUCUAACCGGCUCAAGACAGAACUCCCUAGUCCAACUCCAUCGGCAGUUUACUACAAUAUCUCCAACAACUUCCUCUUUGGAGAAAUCCAAUCUAUUUGUAGUGGGAGAUCCCUCGUCACUCUGGAUUUGUCCGGCAAUAGUCUAAAUGGCACAAUUCCUUCAUGUGUGGGAAAUAUCGAUUCUUUGUCAAUUUUGAAUCUUGAGAAAAAUAAACUUGAGAGCAUGAUUCCUCAUGCUUACCCCAAAGGUUGUGCGUUGAAGAUUAUGGACCUCACAGAGAAUCAAUUACAAGGGCCUGUCCCAAGAUCUUUGGCAAAUUGUAAAAAGCUAGAGUAUUUGAACCUUGGCUACAAUAAAAUCCUCGAUGGGUUCCCUCUACGGCUAUCAGAGUUGACCGAGCUAGAAGCUGUUAUCUUGAAAUCCAAUAAGUUCCAUGGUCCAAUAGAAACGUAUGGAAGCCAGUUUAACUUUAGCAAUUUGCAUAUCAUGGACCUUUCCAACAAUAGUUUCAAUGGUGAGCUUCCUUCCAAGUUGUUGAAGAGUUUCCAUGCCAUGAAAGUAAUUAAAGGUCAAGAUCAGUUGGAAUAUAUGAAUACUGAUGAAGAGCUCCCUAUGUCCGCGUAUACAGUUGUCAUACCUAUCAAUUUUGGAAUGAAAUUGACGAAUAAAGGCACAGAAAGGGAAUAUUUGAAGGUUCCUUAUGCACUUAUGCAAAUUGACCUCUCCAAUAACAAAUUCGAAGGACAUAUACCCGAUCUAGUUGGAGAUUUGAAGUCACUUAUUUUGCUUAACUUUUCAAACAACGUUCUCACAAGUUCCAUCCCGCCUUCGUUCGCAAAUCUGAUAAAGCUGGAAUCUCUAGAUCUUUCUCGAAACAAACUCUUGUGA